AUGCUCGGCGUCAAUCGCGAGUCACGGUUGUCGUCAGGGUCCGUCGACGACCUUACGACCGCCGCCCAAGCUGGUCUGUUCCUCCUCGCGCAAAACAACGACUUGCAAGUCCAAAUCGGCGAACUGAACGACCGAGUGGGUCACCAAGCGCACGAACUGGAGCUAGCGGCUGCCAAGUACGACGCGUGCUGGCGCCAGCGCUGCCACGCCAUGCAAGAAGUGGCCGACGUCCUCAAAGAAAAUCAUGAGUUGCAGCGCGAUCUGCGGCUCGCCAAUGCUCACAUUGUGAAGCUUGAAGAUGACGUCAGCAAGUUGGAAUCCCGUGUGCACGUUGCCGAAAGUGCAUUAAAUCGCCUGAUGCACAACAACAAAACGAUCCGUCCGCCAGGGCGACCCCAAACGAAAUGGUCCGAGCCAGAGUCGACCUUGUCGGUUCAGAAUUGGCAAGCACUGCCAACCAUGGCAGAGCCCGGGCGAGACCCGCCCAAUCAAGAUGAUUCGAUCCAUGAAGGGAACGAAGACCCCUUCGCCACUGAGCCUCCAUCGUCGACACUAUCCGUUGGGUCCCCACACGGGCAAGACGGUUCGAAACUCGACGGAUCGGUAUCUCUCGACGAACUGUACCAGAAAAGUGUGGCAGCACUUGCAACCCAAACACAGCAAAUGCAAGAAAUGCAACUAGAACAAGCAGAGGAGCGCGACUUGAUUGCCAGCAUGCGGCAAACGAUCGCACAACUCAAGCAGCAAGUGUCCCAUCUCGAGGUCAUGUCGACGCCCCCCCUCGACAAGGACGGAGCCACCGCGGACUCUUUUCUGCCCGACUCCGCGACGUUCGUGCGAGACCAAUCCACUGGCAUCGUUCCAGCCGUAGUGACCGCACUCGACACAUCAUCCACGCAUGAUCUUGGCCAAGCGAAUUUGUUGGUGUUGGACAAAGCCAUCACACUGGAGGGCAUGCACCAGUUGGUGGGGCAGCUCAAAGCCCACGCGCCGCUAAUUUGGAGUCGAUCCAUUGACAGCGUGUCCUCGAAGGAGCCUCGACCCGUGCCACCGUCAUAUCAAGUUCCCCGUCAGUGCCACGCUGCGAUUGCAUGUCUCCAGGACAUUUGGCCCGCGGCGACUGAAGCCGACUUCAUGGACAUCACAGAUUGGCUCCACGUAGCGUUUCGAGGCACGGGGAUGCACCGCCCCCUUCGCAUGCGCAACUUGUCCGAAGAGACAGCAGCGCAGGUCGUGACGACUCUGGUGCCUCUUCUUCAGGCAGCCUGCCAUCGAACGGUCGAAGUUACUCUCUUUGACCGUGUGCACUACACCACGGAUGUCGUCCUUCGUUGUUAA